AUAUAUUUAAUAUUUAAUAUUUAUUAUUUAUUUGUCUUUUCCGCUUUUAUUCUCACUGCUUCACUACACACAUUUUCUUCACUCUCUCUUUAUCUGUUACCGGAGCUUUCUCUCUCUUCCGGUAACGGAAAACGAAACCCUCAACCUUCACCAGAUCUACAACCGUAACCGCCAUUGAAGCUAUCAUGCGCCAUUAGCAUCAUUUCACCAAUGUCCGAACCCGAUCCCAAAACUCGUCAACGAUCAGUCCAAUGGUCACCGGCGACGACGUCACCGGAAAGUAAACCAAUUCAACCUUCAUGGGCGAAGAAAACCGGUUUCAAACCGAAAUUCUCCGGUGAGACCAAUGCCAGUGAUUCUGGUCAGAUAACCUUACCGCCUAAGUCGAGAGAAUUAGAAGUGAGCACGGAUCUCGAAGCUGGACGUGUUAGAGCUACUCCUCCGACGGCGGCGCCGGUAAACGGUGUGUUAAAGAUUCCGCAACUUCCUGUUUCUAAAGAUUUUGUAGCGAAGAAACGGAGAGACUCUGAUGGAGUUCCGAGUACUAAUGGUCAGGUGAAGGUUGGAGUUGAACAGCCGGAGAGGAGAACUGCGAGGAGUGAAGAAGUUACUGGUUCGUUGCCGCAGACUGUUGAUGGUGAUGGCUUCGUGGUCAGGCAUUCGCAUAUGAAGUAUGAACUAAGAGAUUCACCUGGUUUAGUUCCCAUUGGUGUGUAUGGUAUUCAGCAUUAUGUUUCCAUAUUAGGUUCAUUGAUUCUCAUACCACUUGUCAUUGUUCCUGCUAUGGGAGGUUCUCAUGAGGAAACUGCUGCAGUGGUAUCAACUGUGCUCUUUGUGUCUGGAUUGACGACACUCUUGCAUACUUUUUUUGGGUCUAGGUUGCCGUUGAUACAAGGGCCUUCUUUUGUUUACCUGGCUCCGGUUUUGGCGAUCAUCAACUCGCCCGAGUUUCAAGGAUUAAAUGGAAAUAAAUUUAGACAUAUAAUGAAGGAGCUGCAGGGGGCUAUAAUUAUCGGAUCUGCUUUUCAAACUUUCCUUGGAUACACCGGACUUAUGUCACUGUUAGUAAGGUUUAUCAAUCCCGUGGUUGUAUCCCCAACCAUUGCUGCAGUUGGACUUUCAUUUUACGGUUAUGGUUUUCCUAUAGUUGGCACAUGUAUUGAGAUCGGUGCAGUACAGAUAUUAGUGGUUAUUGUUUUUUCUCUUUAUCUUCGCAAGAUAUCUGUUCUUGGACACCGCAUAUUUCUAAUAUACGCAGUUCCUUUGGGUUUGACAAUGACAUGGGCGGUUGCUUUCUUGCUGACUGAAGCUGGAGCCUAUAACUACAAAGGGUGUGACACAAACAUACCUGCCUCAAAUAUAGUUUCAGAGCACUGCAGAAGGCACAUUUCAAGGAUGAAACAAUGUCGAAUUGAUACUUCCCAUGCAUUGAAAUCAUCCCAAUGGUUUAAAUUUCCCUAUCCACUGCAAUGGGGUACUCCUGUCUUCCACUGGAAAAUGGCUCUUGUGAUGUGCGUGGUUUCCUUAAUCUCUUCUGUGGAUUCGGUUGGCUCAUAUCAUGCAUCUUCAUUAUUGGUAGCAUCUAGACCUCCAACUCCUGGGGUUCUUAGUCGCGGAAUUGGUCUGGAAGGUCUUUCUAGUGUGUUGGCUGGUCUCUGGGGUACUGGAACUGGAUCUACAACUUUAACUGAAAAUGUUCAUACAAUUGCUGUGACUAAAAUGGGAAGCCGCAGAGCAGUUCAACUGGGUGCAUUUAUUCUGAUAGUGCUAUCUCUCGUGGGGAAGGUUGGAGGGUUUAUUGCUUCAAUUCCUGUAGUCAUGGUUGCUGGUCUCCUCUGCUUUAUGUGGGCAAUGCUUACAGCAUUAGGCUUGUCCAAUCUACGCUAUAGUGAGGCUGGAAGCUCUCGAAAUAUCAUCAUAAUUGGAUUAUCGCUGUUCUUCUCUCUUUCCAUACCUGCAUACUUUCAACAAUAUGGCAUCUCUCCAAAUUCCAACUUGUCAGUGCCAAGACAUUUUCAGCCUUACAUUGUGGCUUCUCACGGGCCUUUCCAAAGCAAAUAUGGAGGGUUGAACUAUUUCCUGAACACAAUAUUUUCGCUGCACAUGGUGGUAGCUUUUCUCGUUGCCGUUAUCUUGGAUAAUACUGUUCCUGGCAGUAAGCAAGAACGUGGGGUAUAUGUUUGGUCCGAACCUGAUGUUGCUAGAAGAGAUCCUACAAUUGCGAAAGACUAUGGGUUGCCAUUGAGAGUUGGUCGAAUUUUCAGAUGGGUGAAGUGGGUUGGCUUGUGAAUGACCGGGGUCUUGUUGGUUGGCUGACCAUUUUCUGUAUAGGAAUGUUGUCAACUGUUCAAGGUACCACCCCAGUCUAGAUCUCGUUUUAUUGAAUGGGUAGUAUAAUUGGUUGGUCAUAGUUCCGAGUUAUUUAUUUGUGUACAUCAAAGUUCCAGAGGGGUCUACUUGUGUUAUAAUUUAUUAGAUUAACCAUGUAUCUAGUUUUGAUUCAUUUAUAAUCUCCAGUUGGAGAUUUUUUUAAGGCGGGUUUCGAUAAAUAUCUUGGUCAUGUAUAUAUGAACAUUUAUUUAUUAUACCUGCCCAACAGGGACAGGAAAGUUUUUGUUUAGUA